GCAUUUGUCCGUCGCAGCGAUCACAAUUAAUAUACAGAAAUCAUACACUCCCAGUAAACUCCAGUACACCCUAUACUAGUACUAAAAAUGUCAUUAAAUUUUCGCUUGAGGCAGCUACUGCUUUUUACUCUGUGCCUUUGUCUUGUUCCACUGGAAAGCAAUGCGGAUUUAUCAUUUCCGUUUGGAAAUAUUUCGCUUUUCAAUGUGAACUUAAAGUCUCCCAAGUGGCUUGGUCGCUCCAUAUCUCUGCAGAGCAAUUUGCGUAUUGAUUCUGAGGUUGAACCCAAUGUUCAUGAGGACUCACACAUGAGUACAUAUAAUCUAAUUCAUAAAUACGGUUAUCCAGCGGAGAAUCAUACGGUGACAACAGACGAUGGUUAUAUACUCACCCUUCACAGGAUUGCGCGAACUGGAGCAACUCCCGUUCUGCUAGUCCACGGUCUAUUGGAUAGCUCAGCCACGUGGGUAAUGAUGGGUCCCAACAAGGGUCUAGGAUACUUGCUCUAUGAGCAGGGCUACGAUGUGUGGAUGGCCAAUGUGCGUGGAAAUACGUAUUCCAGGAAGCACAUCAAGUAUACGCAUAACAAUGCCAAGUUCUGGGAUUUCACGUUUCACGAAAUGGGCAUAUACGAUAUACCGAAAACAAUCGAUUAUAUACUCAACAAAACGGAUUUCCAACAGCUGCAUUAUGUUGGGCACUCACAGGGCACCGUUGUCUUCUGGAUAAUGGGCAGUGAGCGACCCGAGUAUAUGGAUAAGAUCAUAUUCAUGCAGGCUCUGGCCCCGGUUGCCUAUUUAAAGUACUGCAAGAGUCCUGUCGUCAAUUUCCUGGCUAAUUUUCAACGGUCGGUUAGUAUUGUGCUCAAGCUGAUAGGCGCUAAUGAAUUUUUGCCCAAAAAUAAGUUCAUAGUGAUGUUCAAUCAGCUGAUUUGCGACGAGUCGACCACAACAAAAGAGGUCUGCUCGAAUGUGAUUUUCCAGACUGCAGGCUUUGAUAAAUCGCAGCUGAAUGAGACUAUGCUGCCCGUUGUGGUGGGGCAUGUCCCAGCUGGUGCUGCCACCAAGCAGAUGCAACACUAUGGCCAGGUGCGCAAAUCGGGCGACUUUCGUCAGUUCGACUAUGGCAGUCUGAGGAAUUAUUGGCGUUACAACAGUUUCAGCCCUCCCGAGUAUAAGCUGGAGAAUGUUGAGGCCAAGGUCGCCAUGUAUUAUAGCCAAAACGAUUGGCUAGCACAGCCGACAGAUGUGGAAGCGUUGCGCCACAGACUGCCCAAUGUCGUCUCGCAUUACCUGGUUGACUAUCCGGAGUUUAAUCAUGUGGACUUCAUUUGGGGUAUGGAUGCUCGGGAGCUGGUCUGGGAUCGCAUGAUUGAGAAUAUGCGCUUGCAUGAUACUGAUAAUACUAUUGAUACUUCAAACUGAUUAAUAUACGUUUUUUUUUAAGUUGUAAUCGCUUUGUCAAGUAUUUAUGCUAAAUGUUUAUUAAUUACUAUACAUAGAAU